AUGGCCACGACCCGGCUCCCAUUUCUCUACCCUAAUCUGAUGCGUGCUGUUAGAGCAUGUGAACCGAUAACAUACCAUUCUCACCGACUACCUACAACCCGCCACCGAUUUCAUACUAGCCGUCGAUUGGGCCAACAAUCCUAUCAACGACGCUAUGGUCCAGCAGUUGAGCCAAACCUGCCGCCCCCCUUGGGACCCAACAAUGAACCAGUGGAACAACCAAGAGAUUACUCUGAGGAGGUCAGCACUGAACCAGAGAACAUAAAGGAGGCUAGCGGACCAACAGAGCAGCCGCCAUCAGAGCAAUCACCGUCGGAGUCUGAGUCACAGCCACAAGAGCCAAAGGUUGAUCCCGCAGACGCUGCAGCUUCGUCUCUUUCUGAGCAAGCUGCAGCGGAUUUAGCGGCAAGCAAUGCCACGAUAGAACCUGAACAGCCUGAGGAGCACACCACCGAAGAUGAAGCUGCAUCUGCAUCGAACCCCUCGGCUUCCUCCUCUUCCGAACAUGUGGGAGAGGAAAUGUCACAAAUGGCUCCGUAUGCGAACCGCAGUGCUUUCGAUGAGGUUUACCAUAUGCCAUCUCCAUCGACAUUUUUGACUCCAACGACUAAGCCGGAGUCUGAGCGGCCGCCCCACAUGUCCCCAGCACCCUACGUACACCACUUCGAUACCUACUCGCUUGUUCAAAAUCUCUCAGGAGGUGGAUUCACCAAGGCGCAAUCUACUGUUAUCAUGAAGGGUGUGCGAGGCAUUUUGCAGAGCAACUUGGACUUUGCCAAAGAAAGUCUGACAUCCAAGUCAGAUGUGGAGAACGAAGUGUAUCUGUUCAAGGCAGCCUGCUCUGAGCUUCAACAGUCUUUGCAAACAGCACGAAACUCUGAAGUACAACAGCAGCGAGCCUCCAGGAAUCAGCUGGAGCACGAGACAGAUAUACUCUCUCAACGUCUCAACCAGGAGCUAGCGGGCAUGAAGGAUGAAAUUAAGGGCAUGUUCAAUGACCACAAAAUGACCACUCGGGAGCAGCAGCGGACCAUCGACACUAUGGUUCAAGAACUGAACUACAAAAUUACGGUCUCGCUUAACAGUGACGGGAAGAGUGAGAUCGAAGGCUUGCGAUGGAUCUUGACAAGGCGUGCUGCGCUCUCGCUCGCUAUAUGUGCCCUCUCAAUGAUCAUCUUUCUGAAGUAUACUUCCACCCAGAAGGUACAAGAACCACCUAAGACGAAAACAAUCAAGGAGGUCGAGAAGCCUGUCAAGGAGGUUACUAAAGAAACCCGAGUCAUACAUGAUGCUGGUAUUAAAGCCGGAUCGCCCUCUGUUCCCGAAGCACAUCUCGGGGAAUCGCUUGGUUAA